AUGGCUAGCCGUAGAGAAAACAAGGGCUUCCACCUCGACAGCCUCGCCCGAGUCGUCCGGUACACUGCCCUUAACGAGUUUCUUGCCCUUCCCAUUGCCGGCGCCGCCCACUUCCUCACGCUCGACUCCUCGGUCAAGUAUCUGACCGCUCUCUUCACUCACGCCAACCGUCUCGGUGUCAAGCUCAACCCUCGCGACCUCAACCUUCCAAAGAUCGCACGCACUGCCCUGACCCUUGGUCUUGUUGGCGCCGCCUACUCUGCCAACGAGUUCCUCACAAAAUGGACCGCCAACAACUGGACGCGCAACAAGCCCGGGGAGUGGAAGACCCUCGACAAGGAGAUUGUUCUCAUCACUGGGGCCAGCAGCGGCAUUGGCGAACACACAGCUAAGAUGCUGCUGGCCUGGCACAAGGGUGUCAAGAUUGUCAUCGUUGACUUUGCUCCCAUGUCCUGGGAACCAUCUGCCGCCGAUGCCUCUCGGGUCUUUUACUUCCAAGCCGAUCUCAGCAAACCCGAGGUUGUGCGCUCUGUUUCGAAGCGCAUCAAGAAGAAGGUUGGCCAUCCAACUGUCCUGAUCAACAACGCCGGUCUUGCCCGCGGGUUCAGCGUUUUGGAAGGAUCCUACGCCGACGUCGAAGUCACCAUCAAGACCAACCUUCAAGCUCCGUUCCUGCUCAUCAAGGAGUUCGUCCCGCACAUGGCCAAGACGAACCACGGUCAUAUCGUUACCAUCUGCUCCAUGAGCGCUGUUGUUCCCACGCCGGGCAUCGUCGAUUACUCUGCCACUAAGGCUGGCGUUCAAGCGUUACAUGAGGGCCUGGCGCUAGAACUGAAGCAUAGACACAAGGCGGACAAGGUCAGAUUGACCAACAUUAUUCCCAACUUCAUCCGUACACCAUUGCUGUCAGGAGUGCCCCGUCAGUCGCAAUUUGGAGCGCCAUUGCUUCACGUUGAGACGGUGGCCGAGACUAUUGUCAGACAGAUUGAGAGCGGAUAUGGAGGUGUUGUGUAUUUACCGGGAAUCAUGAGAUACAUCACUUGUUUGAGGGCGCUUCCUGAGUGGGUGUACACAUAUCUCAUCCGAAAUGGCACAGUCAACCUCGCGGUUGGAUUCCAGGGGCGACAGAUCAUUGACGAGAACGGAGGCUUGAGGGCCGUCAAGGUUCAGAAGGCCGAAAUCGCUGAGAAGUCUGACCGAUCUGAAGCACCUGAGGUGCCCGAGAAGCCCGAGAAAUCCGAGGCAGCUGAGAGACCUGAGAAGGCCGAAAGACCUGAACGCCCCGAGAGAGCCGAGAGGAGCGAGGCAGGCGAGAGACCUGAGAGAGCUGAGAGGGCUGAGAGGUCUGAAAGGUCUGAAAGGUCUGAGAGGGCUGAGAGGGCUGAGAGAUCCGGCAGAUCGAACAGAGCCGAGAGAAGAGCAAGGAACGAGAGGUCUGAAAGAUCAAGCUGA